AUGUUUUCGGAGCACAAACGAGCUGAGGACAGCAAGGUCUGAGUAAAGCUACAAUUUUCCUUGCAAUAAUUCCCGUUUUCUGCAGAAAUCCAAAAAAGAUUUGAAUUUUGACUCAUUGGAAGAAAAGGCGAAGCAGCUUUCGUUAAAAGGUACGUGAGAAAAUUCGAAUAUCAAAGAAACAAUUACGGCACUUUGAACGUCUUGAUCAGACCUUUUUGGGCCAAAAAAACGUCCGUUCAAUGUCCACGAAAAGUUCAGACGGUUCAGGUUUGAAAAGAUCAGCUCAAGGUUCAUUGCAAAAAAAGGAAAUCUUAAAUUUAUUCUGGAAAAACAAUGGAUUUUCAUGACUUCAAUUGUUUAGAGCGGACAUCUUCAGCCGAGCCAGUCAAGGUAAUUUUUGAGAUUUUACCUUUUCAAAUUUUUUCUAUGCUCUUUUCAACAACGCGCCAAAAAUUUUUUUCAUUAAAAAUUAAACUCGAAAAAGUUCCUAAUUGUUCUGAAACUGAUUGUUGUCGGGAAAAAUACCAAAAUAUAUAUUUUGCCGAAUAGAAAAGUAUUUUUCAAUCACCGCCUUUCUAGUUAAAAAUUGAAAGAUCCAAAGAACCUGCUUUUACAAAUUUUCCUUCUACAAAGUCGAGUUCUAGGAACCUGAAAAGUGUAAUCGCACCUCAUGAGAAAUGGAAGGGCUCUUGAACUUUUCGGGAGCCUUCCCUUUUGCCGACGAACCUACCAGAUAAGAACUCAAAAGAUGAAAGAAACUGUUGAAGAGAACAAAAUCGAUCAAAAAGGAGCAUCAGAAGCCGUCUUCCAGCAGUCUGAACCUAGUUAAGACUACGGACAAGGCGGUAGAGAAGAAUGAUCGGAGUAAUAGCGCCGAAGGGACAGUCAUCGGCGGAAUGGUCAGCAUUUCUAUUAUGAAAAAGCUCAGCUUCCUUCUCUCAGAGUUAGGGAAACUUUCAGUGGCCACUUUAGGGUUUUGAAAUUUUAGUGGCUGCUAUAUUGGUCUAAUUAGUGGCCAAUUAGAUGGCUAAAAAUUAGUGGCAUCUUUCGGAGUCUAAGUUUUACUACUAGACUACUAAAACACCUUUAGUGGUCACUAUACGAUGCAAAGUAGUGGCCUCUAUAAAGGUGGUUUUAGUGGCCACUUCAGUGUCUUCUCCAAGUAGUCCUUGAUAAAACUCUUAAGUGAUCACUGAAAAUGUUCCCAGGACCUUGAAACGAUUUUUCAAAAUAAGAUCUUGAACUGAAAAAAGUCUCUUACAAUUUUUUUUUUUCCAAGGGAUUCGGCAUCUUCGAAACGGCUUCCAUGAUGUGCAACAUAGGUGAGAAAUCAAAAAAGAGAGUGGAAAACAGAACAUUUUUCAGUGGAUAUCACUACGGACAGUUCAAAGCGCAAGUUCCCGUCGGCUCACAACGCCUCUCAGAAGCUCAAGUCACAGAGCAGCAAAAGUGAUUUUUUUUUCUUUGAUUCAAAAAUCUUUCAAAUUGAGACUACCUUUGUAAAUACCUUUCAUUAAAUAGGUUAUAGUUGUAUAAAAAUAUGUGCCCAACAGAACUAUAUGAACUGACGCGUCAGUUAUAUGCGCGUCGACGCGCAUAUAAUUCCUGCGCCAGCUUUUCACGAUUCUUUUUUCCCAACGAGCUACAGAAACGCGCGACAUGUCUCUGUACAUGCGCCUUUAAUAAAUUAUAAAUUAUAAAGUCGCCUCUGCAAAGCCUUGUAACUCGGGAGAAAAAAAAUUCGUGCACACGUGAAAGUGGUUCUGAAAAUGCUGGAGUCUGAAAAAAAGUCUUAUUUAAUACCAGUUAAUGUCUUUAUUCUGCCCUUUUCCUUGCAAAACCUCGUUAGAAACAAUUGAAAUAAGCGGAAAAAUUGAAAUAAUUACAGCUUCCCUCACCUCCCAGUCUGGUCCAUUCGCCAUGAUGAAAGAAGCGGCCGACAAGAAGCAGAGGAAGAAAAAAGGCGACGAACAAGACGAAGACGAUUAA